GGAGAGGCAGGGUCGCCGACGUUGCGCUGACGUCUAGCGUCGGUCUCUAGCGAUACGAGAUUCUGAUACGAGUCGAUUAGGGGUUCAAGAUGGGGAAAAGAUGAGGGCUGAUGUUUAUGUACCUAGGUAAGUAUGCGACACCGAGAAUAGGAUCGUGAUGCCACGCAGUUUAUGCAUCUCACAGCCCCGGCGGGCCUUUAUCUUUGGGCGUUUCUUUGAUCCUCCCCCUUCCCCCUCUCGCCUAUCCUAUUCAACUCUCAGGAUCUCCGCAUUCCGCGACUCGGGCCAAGCCUUUCAUCCACGUUACUUGUACGACACGUGGAUACGCGAUAUAAACCUUUCCCCUUCGAGACAGCUUCCCUUCCCUCACUCGUAAUUAUUACCUUACAUCACACGCCAACCACAAUCCUCAACGCGUAUCGAUCCCCGCCAAUCUUGCUUCCACAAUGUUUGACCAAGAGAAAAAGGAAGCAUAUCUUCAAAACCUACGCGACAUGGUUGCUGCCGCCGAAAAAGAACGCGACAACCUUGCUGCCAUCCUUCUAUCUACCCCGCAUCUUUCAACGCGACUCCAGAAAGGUCCCGUCGCCAACGAACACCUACGCGAAACCGCCAUGAACCUCCUAAAGCGGCAAUCGAAGCGAAAUGUUGAAAACAUCUAUCGUACCUGUGCCGGUGUUACAGCUUACAAAGUCAGAGAUCCUGACCCGAACGCGGUGGACAAUGGCAACAUCCUAGGUGUGCGAAUCGAAGUGUUUCUUGAAGGCAAAUUCGUGGAUAAAUAUCACGUACUAUUCAAUCGACCCAAUCCGAGGCACAAGUCCAUGUUGCGGGUACAUCACCAUACCAUUCCUCCGUGCAUACCUUUGCAAGCACUCGCCGCCAAGUGGAUGCCCCAAUCCCAGCGCGAUUCGAGCUCAAGAACGGGACAGGACUUGGUUCGAUUCGGGCGCAAGUUACGAAAAGAGUUGACAUUGUGGCAUAUCAGAAAAGCUGCAGUGGACAAAUUACGUGUCGCCGCUGGUCUACCUAGUUCGACCGAGCAAACAAAGUCAUCGGCGACAGAGCAGUCAACAUAUGGAAAGGUGCUCAAUGCGUUUACGAGUGACGAUGAGACCGACCCAGAGGAUCAUGAUGAUGAUGAUGACGACGUUGUGUCCAACGAGAGAAGUAGAGUUGUCAAUAUCACGGAUAUCGGAGCCGACUUAGCUGCUCAAGAAAUUUUCAUCACAUGGUCCAAUAACCAGAUUGGUGCUGUCGUACUUAACAAGGAUGGGCAGGUUAAGGAAGGUGCCUUCCGGAGCUCUGAUGGCGUCAGGUUGAAGGAGAUGGAGCGUAAGGCUGUUGGGAGUCUCGAAGGACUCUUACAGAGGCUGUCAGAGUGAGGUCACGUUUACCAUCACUUGUACGAGGUAGAAAGAAGCCUCUGGAAGUUAUGAAGAAGUUGGAAGAAGUGUCUGCCUACCUACUGUCCCUACAACACCAACAUAUAUGGUAGUGUCUAUUCAUUUACUGUCCCUACAACACAAGAAUAUUUAUAUUUCUAGGUACUAUCAGGCUAUAGUAUUAGGAUAAAUUAACAUAUAGUUAUAAUAAAUCAACAUAUCGGGU